AUAGAUGAGGGGACGCAACUCAGCCUUCAGGCCUGGGCGGGGUUCUUCCCGUUUAAUCUUUUCUUUUCUCUUCCCUUCGCUGCUUUCCUCCCUCCCCCCUCGUUCCGUCUCCCAGGCCCAGUGAGGUCAGCUCAUGAAUAUUGCUUCAUUUUCCUGAGAGGCUCUGGCAGCGCCGGGUACCUCGUGUGCGGGUGCCCGUCUCCCCGUGCAUGCGUUUCGCCAGCCCGGCAGCAGACAAAGUGGUGGUUUGGAUUUCAAGAGUGACAUUUUGUACCUCUGAACAACAGCAGUUUGGGAAUUCUGUUUGUGAUGGUUAAUAGAGAUGUAAAGCAAACCUUUUAUAAAGUGUUGUGAUACAAGGCUCUCAGGGCGGCGGCGGCGGAGGCGGAGGACGCCGCCGGUGAUGGACGUCUCCCGGAGAUAGCCGCCGCCAUGAGCCAGCCACCUGCAGGGGGCGCCGCCGCCGCCGAGCCUCGCCUGCAUCCCGAGGGCAGCAGCGGCAGGAAGCAGCAGCGAGCCUCCUCCCCGGCCAGGGCCCGCGACAACCCGCCGCGCCCGCCGCCAGCCGCCGCCGCCGCCGCAGCCUCCCGCGUCCCGGCCGCCGCCGCCGCCGCCGCCGCCGCCAAGGCCGCCUCGGCGCGGCCGCCGCCGGGCCAGGCCCCCCGAGCCGCCCGCGGCCGCGCCGCCGACAGGCCGCCGCGCAGCGCCGGGCCGCCGGGAGCUGUCCAACCCGGCGCCGGUGCUGAACCGCCGCCGGCCGCCGGCGGGAGAGCCGCCGCCGAGGAGCCGCCGCCGCUGCGGGCCGCCGAGGCCGCCGCGCCGCGGGCCGCCGAGGAGGCGCCCCCUGCAGGAGGCGGCGGCGGCGGCGGGGGGGAGCGGGAGGGGGCGGUGGCGCCGCAGCCGCCGCCGCCGCCCAAGCAGUGGCGGGGGAAAGCGGGGCGGUCUCCGCUGAAGGGCGCGGGGGAGGCGGCCCCGGCGCCUCCAUCUUCCUCCGGCGCGGGGAAGGGUCGGGGGGCGGCGGGCGGCGGCGGCGGGUACUGGAAGGAGGGAUGCCUGCAAAGUGAGCUCAUCCAGUUCCACCUCAGGAAGGGGCUGGCGGCGGCCGCCCAGAUGCAAACCAAGGGCAGCAACCACAGCAGCAGCGGCAGCGCUUCCUCCGCCUCCUCCUCCUCCUCCGCCUCCGCGGCCGCCGCCCCGGCCGAGCCUCCCCCGGCCGCCUCCGCCUCCUCGCCCUCUGCCAUGGCGGCGGCCGGGGCGGAGGGGCUGCGGCAAGGCGAGGCGGACGGCGGCGGCAGGACCGGCGCUCCCGAAGGCGCCCUGAGCCCGCAGCUGCAGGAGGAGAUGCAGGAAGAGAUGGAGAAGCUGCGGGAGGAGAACGAGAGCCUCAAGAAUGAGAUAGAUGAGCUGAGGACGGAGAUGGAUGAGAUGAGGGACAGUUUCUUCGAGGAGGACGCUUGUCAGCUUCAAGAAAUGCGCCAUGAACUGGAGCGAGCCAACAAGAACUGCCGUAUCCUUCAGUACCGGCUGCGCAAGGCCGAGCGCAAGAGGCUCCGCUACGCCCAGACCGGCGAGAUUGACGGCGAGCUCUUGCGCAGCAUGGAGCAGGACCUCAAGGUUGCAAAAGAUGUAUCAGUGAGACUUCACCAUGAGUUAGAAAACGUGGAAGAAAAACGUACUGUAACAGAAGACGAAAACGAAAAAUUAAGACAGCAGCUUAUAGAAGUUGAAAUUGCCAAACAAGCACUACAGAAUGAACUGGAAAAAAUGAAAGAGCAAUCACUGAAAAGAAGAGGGAGCAAAGACCUACCAAAAUCAGAAAAAAAGUCACAGCAGACACCAACAGAGGAGGACAACGAAGACCUGAAAUGCCAGCUACAGUUUGUCAAAGAAGAAGCAGCCUUGAUGAGGAAGAAAAUGGCUAAGAUUGAUAAAGAGAAAGACAGAUUUGAACAUGAGCUGCAAAAAUAUAGAUCAUUUUAUGGGGAUUUGGACAGUCCCUUGCCAAAAGGUGAAGCAGGUGGGCCACCUACCACAAGAGAAGCUGAACUCAAGCUUCGAUUAAGACUUGUGGAGGAGGAAGCUAACAUUCUUGGGAGAAAAAUAGUGGAACUAGAAGUAGAAAAUAGAGGACUGAAAGCAGAGCUUGAUGAUUUAAGAGGAGAUGAUUUCUCAGGGACCGCUAACCCGCUUCUGGGAGAGCAGAGUGAAUCCCUGUCAGAAUUACGACAGCAUUUGCAGCUAGUAGAAGAUGAAACAGAAUUGCUGAGGAGAAAUUUAGCUGAUUUGGAAGAACAAAACAAGCGCAUAACAGCUGAGCUGAACAAAUACAAGUACAAGUCUGGGGCCCACGAGAGCUCUAGGCACCAUGAUAAUGCCAAGACAGAAGCGUUACAGGAGGAGCUAAAAGCUGCACGAAUGCAGAUCAACGAGCUGAGUGGCAAAGUCAUGCAACUCCAGUAUGAGAACAGAGUCUUAAUGUCCAACAUGCAACGCUAUGACUUGGCCUCUCAUCUUGGGAUCCGUGGCAGUCCCAGAGACAGUGAUGCGGAAAGUGAUGCAGGAAAAAAAGAGAGCGAUGAUGAUUCCCGUCCCCCUCACCGCAAAAGGGAAGGCCCCAUCGGUGGGGAAAGCGACUCUGAGGAGGUACGCAACAUUCGGUGCCUGACACCCACGAGGUCUUUUUAUCCGACGCCAUCCGGGUGGCAGAAAAGCUUCACUGACAGGCAGCAGAUGAAGGACAUUCGCUCUGAAGCUGAGCGGCUGGGCAAGACAAUAGACCGCUUAAUUUCUGACACGAGCACCAUCAUAACAGAGGCAAGAAUUUAUGUAGCUAAUGGGGACCUCUUUGGACUGAUGGAUGAGGAAGACGAUGGCAGCAGAAUACGUGAGCAUGAGCUUCUUUACCGGAUCAACGCACAGAUGAAGGCCUUCAGGAAAGAGCUCCAGGCUUUCAUCGACAGACUCGAAGUUCCAAAGUCUUCGGAUGAUCGAAGUGCAGAUGAACCUUUGUCAGUGAGUCAGGUAGACUUUUACUUAUUACGGCCUACAGGUAAAAAGGCUCUGUCAAAUGAAUUAAGCCUCAAAUUCGAUGUAUGGCACAUGAAAAUUAUUCUAGACAGUCGACAAAAUUCACUACUUCUUAGAUUAUUUUAAAUCCUCAUUGGGCCAUAUGAAACCUUGUUCUAUCAAUGGGGCUGUUUGUGAACAUUGAGUGAGUCUGAUCUCCUGGAAAUUAAAAGAAUUAUGCUCUAGGAGGUGGAAGAUUUUACUCCUUUCUGGCCUGGGCAACUACAGUUGCCAGAGUUGUGCCUUCAUUGCCAGUAAAGGCAGUGCAGACAGCAUUUUUCACACAUAAAUUAACAUGAUUGUUUUCUUAGUGGUUGGGUUCCUGUUAGAUGAAUAAAAAGAAAAUCUUACAAAUUUUAAACAGGAGGAAACAUUAAAUUUCCAAAAUUAUAAAGAAUAUGACAAACCACAAAGAAAAAUAAACCAUGCAAAUCUACAGAGUCACAGAGCCACAUGGUAGUGUGAAUAUUGGAAUUGCUGUAACUAAUUGUAACUUGUUGAAGGCCUAUGGGUCACUGCUUACAUGCAGGAGUGACUAGCAUCUUUUCUGUAGUUUGUUUUUAUGCAGAAUUGUUCCAGAGAGGUUUGGGGGAGCAAAUUCCUUGCUGACUCAAGAUCUUUUGCCAUGAAAAAUGAAAAAUUACCUACCCUCAUCUUAUCAUGCAAUCCUAUAGUUGGCAAAUCUUGUUAUUGCUCAUGGUAUUAUCCAAUGUUUUAUUAAGUCUCUUGCUGUGUUAAUUUACUUUGUGCUGUCCUGGUAGCUUACAGUCAAAGUAGUUGCCAGGUGAAGCUGAAAGCUAUUGUUUCUUAUUCCUAUGCUGACUAAUUAGUCUUUUGUUUCCUUGUAUCAGAAAGUCACAGACGCAGUGAGUUUAAAGCUGAUCAAUUACUAUACAUGUAUUGCAUGAAAUCAAACAGAAAUGGUAUUUAGCAUGCUCACUUUCUGAUGUAGCAAUAGCUCUGAGCUUGUAGAGCUCCCAUUAGCUUAAAGGCAGAGCACUGCAUGGGCAUAUAUUUAAAGCAAACUAAUUAGUAUUUUCUCUAAGCAAAUAACAGCAAUAGUUAAAUUGGACUUUUCAGGGCUUAACCAUGCAGAACUCCUGAAGUCAAUGGGAGAUGGGCACUUGGUCCCUCCACAAGCAUAGUCUGAUUCACUAUUUAUUUUGUUGAAACUUUGGACUUGCUAUUCCAUUAAUUGACUGUUCUCUCUGUCUUUGUAUUUACU